AAAUGUAAAAAAAAAAAAAAAAAAAAAAUGGUAUGCUUUAUGUAGCCUACGCCCAUAGGUGCAUUUCUAUUUUAUCUUUUAUCAGUAAGAUCUGCAAUAAACAUGUGUCCGACGUUCAGAACACGAACUGUGAGGUUCUGAAAAUGCACUGCACUAUCAGUAAAAGCAUGUAGUCGUGUAGUAGCCAACACAUGAAUUUGAGCACCCUAAAGACAAAAUUACAAUACACUAACUUUCAUAAAUACGUUAAUAUACAAUCAAACUGAUAACAGUCCUGUGCAUAAGCAACAGCUGACAUAUACUUAAUUACAUUAACACAUUUUUAAAGAAUGUUUUCAAUGAGUAUGCGCGUGACCGUGACGCGAAUUUGGGAAUCCCCGAUGCUCAUUCCGAAAAAUGUUGCUGCUUGCUAAGUAAAAAAUGAUCACGUGGAUGUGAAUGACGGGUUUAGAAAUCUCAACAAAAGGCUUGCAACGAUAAAAGUAGUCUUUUUUAACUAGGCGCGAUUUUAUUACGACUAUUAAAAUUAGUACUUUCAAGCAGACGGUGUAUGCUUCUUGAAGCACAAUGUCUAGUAAGAUUUUACACACUACUUUAACGUCAGGUGGCCCGGGGGGCGGAAAUUACAUCAGUGUGCUACAGAGUUUAGUUCAAGCUGAAAGGUCAGAUGGCAAAAGAUGCUCAGGGUGAAUUUUGGAGUUUUUAGUUCCGCCAUUAAUUUGGACUACACAAUGAGGCAGCUACAUGUUGACGAUGUUUCGGUGCUAAUACUACAGUAACCACCUAAAAAAAAAUCCGGAGCAACACUGGAACUGAACUAGAGGGGAAAAAUGAUGCUUAGAGUCUGUCUGAUUCUCACAGUAAGCAUUCUAAGUGUACAUUCAUUCUCAUGACGUCACAGAGGGAUAGUCUGUGAUCUGGGAGAAGUAUGGAGUUGAGACUCUUUAUGAAAUGAUGCAGUUCAUAAAACUCAUGUGCUUUCUUCAACUGGUUCCAAUAGCCAGUUGUGAGUUUCCAGCGCCUGUCAAUGUAACCCUCAGUUCUCACAACUUUCAGCAUGUACUGAGAUGGGAACCAGGACCUGGUUCUCCAGAGAGGGUACAAUACAGGGUCCAGUACAACUCCGUCGAAUGGGUUUUGAUGACGUCAUGCCUGAAUGUCACCAUUACCAGAGAGUGUGAUCUAACAGUAGUGUUUGAUGAUGUCUACGAGCACUAUGCCGCUCAGGUUCAAGCCUUCAAUGAGACGCACCACUCCAACUGGACUUCAAUGAGCUCCACUUUCCAACCUUUUUCAGACACAAUCCUUGGUCCACCGGAGGUGUCUGUCUCUGGGUGUGGAGAUUGUCUCAGCUUGCAGAUCAAACCUCCCAGAGGAAAAGGAAAAAAGCCUUUGCUGGCACUUUACUAUCAGUUUGACUAUAGCAUUGAAGUGCAGGAUAUGAAAGAUGGGCACAAGUUCUCAGAAAUACUGGAAAAAUGUAAAGGCACAGUGAAUCACAGUAUAAAGCUACUGGAAUCUGGCAGAGAGUACUGUGUAAAAGUGAGGAUGUACCACACUGGAAUGAAUAUGAACUCGGAGCCUUCUCUGCCACACUGUGCAUUCACUAGUCCUGAGCCUGUCAGCAAAGUUCCUGGUGUACUGGUUUCUUUGUUCAUCUUCUGCCUGUUGAUGGCUCUGGUGGUGUCCUCCCUGGUAUAUAGUGGGUUCCUGUGCCCAUUGAAGGCAAACCUCCCCCAAGUGUUGGCUUCUUUUACUGUACUUGGUGCCAAUUCAAAGAGGGUUUUUGUUCCAGAGAGUUGCACUGUUGUGGAGCAUGGCUGCUUUUCCCUCAUGUAUUCCAGCAUAAAGAAAAGAAGCAGCUGGAAACAUCUCGACUCCAGUGAAAGUGAGUACUCUGACAGCGGAGAGAUCGAUGGGUAUGAAAACCAUGCCAUUCGGGUUCCAGGCCAAGAAAGUUCCAGUAACGAACCUGUGGAAACUGAAGAGACUAUCACGUCUGUGGAGCCGGGGCAAACCCUUGAUCCAGGUGAUCCAGCACAGGCGUUGCAUCUGGUUGUGUGUGAGGACACAGCAGGACCUUCAGUGGAGCAGCCAGACCCAGAGCAACUUAAACCCUUACUUGAGAGGAGAGACUCAGAGGAGGAAAGCUGCCAAAACGUCAAUUUGUUUUCAGUGAUGUUGGGGGCUACUGAUGAAGAAAUCUUAGAGAGCCCUUCAGUUGAAGUGGCUCUGGUUGUAGAGAAUCAACCGCCGGGCUGCUGUAAUCUGCAAGAAUAUCCACAGGAAUCACCACUGAUGGUGGCUCUAGAAUCUGUACAAAUUAAAGACAAAGAGCAGUUGAGCUAUUGUACAGAGUCAGAGUCAGAGGAGGAGAGUGACUGUGAGCCUUCUGGCUACAUGAGGCGUUCGGUACAGUAGCUGUAUGACCUGUAGGAGUGCUUGUGAUCACCUUGGAUAGUCUCUGUUACCAAACCUUGCAGGUCUUGUUUCAAAGGUCCACAUAUUGAAUAAUGGGAGCACAGUUCAAAAAAAACUUUUUUUACAAAACUAGAACCAAACAACUCCAUAAUCUAAUUGAAGGUUUCUUAAGUACUCUUCAAGUAGUUUGAUGUCAAAUUAAAGAGUAUGUAGUUUCAAAUUAAAUAUUCAUAUAUAAUUCUUUUUAUUGUCCUCUUACUUUUUUAUGGUGUUUUGCAAUCAUUCUGAGUAAUUAUUAUUAAAAUUACUCAAAUAUUGUAUUUAAUUAAUUUUUUUACAUGGCUUGUUUUAUCGAUUUUUGACCUGAGUUGACGAGCACCUCUCAAGUUGUAGUUGGCUAAUUCUGUUUUGCACAGUUGUGUAACACAGUGUAGAUCAGCAUAAUUUUUAGAAAGAGCCAGAGCCAGCACCAUCUAAUAAAGAAAUACUGUACUGCAAGUCAGGUUUCCUUUUGUAUUGCUGUCACUAAGCAGUAGCUGUUUAAUAGAUGAUGCAGAAGAAAUAGCGACUCUCAGGCAAGCAAAGCUGAAGAUUCAAAUCAAAAACACAGUAUUUGGGUAAUUGCAAUAAUAAACACUCAUAAAAAGUAUGUCCUGUAUGAAUAUCUAAAUUGAAGCCAAAUGCUAAGUUUAAGCAGAUCAUGUUUGUACUGUAGCUGGAUUAGAAACACAGUAAAGGUUGUUGUACAGUCCUGCCGUUUCAAGCAGAGGUUCAGCAAGGUGGACGUGCAACAGAGGGAAACGUUGAGAUAUUGUCGGUUUUAUUUGCCCUUUGAAACAAAGCAACAUGUUUGCAAAAGGAUGUAGUUUAAACAUCAGUGUUUGAGAACAUUAACAUGCCGUCCAAUCUAGUUGGUAGCUGUACUGCUGCUUAAGACUGGAGCCAGAGAACUCCGGGACUUAACAUUUUGAAUUGCUGACCACAAUUAAUCUUUCACAUUAUAAUAUGCAGUCAUAAUCGUUACUUUGUAUCAAGUAAAUAUAUACGUGCACAAACAUAUAUGCUACUAUUGUACAGAAUGUAACAAUUUUUUUAUACGUGUACCAGUGCGAAGUGUCUCCUCCAUGUACUUUUUUUUUUUUUUUCACUGAGCCAUUCAUUCCUGCCAGAUUCAUGAAGACUCUUGGAUGUUUCUUGAUGCUAGACUUUGGUCAGUAUUCCCCUUUAUUGCUAUGUGUCAGAAGGUUAGAAUAAGAAGCCAUAAUAUGGUCUAAAGCUCUAUCCCUGAAAUCAGUUUUAGUUGAAAUCGGUGAAGAUCAGUUUCCUGUAAUUAGGUUGAAUUGGCAAAAAAAUAUCCCUUUUGUUAUAUGAAUACACAGCAUUGAACAACACUCGGAAUGCAAACUAAAAUGUAUGUCUUUUAUAUAAUUACAAAUAAACAUUUUUCAUUUA